AUGCAAUUAUAUCACCUGUUACAAGUUCUGUGCGUCUUGUGGGCCAUCGUACAGUCUACUGAUGGUUAUUGCGUCUACAACGAUGAUUCUGAAGGCACGUCAAUCAGCAUUCAAGCUGAUCAAGUUAGACUAGGAAGCUACAGCAGUUCUUUUAAGCGAACUGCUAUGAGCGCUGGUGACAAAGGAUGUUGUCCAUAUGAUAAUGAAGAUUGCUGUGACCGCCCAGAGAGGGAUGCCACAGCUUCACUUUUGAUUACAGAAGACGAUGGUAUCUCACUUGGACCUUCUGUGCAUAUCAGUCUACAGUGUGGCGGGUGGAUUGUGUACGGUGGAAACAAGGCUGAUAGAAGGAUUCAAAGCUACACUCACGAUGGUGUUCUCUAUGACUCCCCGCGCGCUUUUACUAAAGCCGAUUGA